GCAUGACCCAGUUUUACUUGCACUUGUCGACAUGGCGGAAAGGGGGGACGAGACUGGUAAUAGUAGGAAAAAGGUGAAUAAAUCAGAGCAGGGAAUGGAUUCUAGUGGCGAGGAAGAGGAGUUAUUUGAAGUUGAAAAGAUUAUUGGGAAAUCUAAAGUAAAAGGAUCUGUUCUGUACAAAGUUCGAUGGAAAGGUUAUAGCGCAGAAGAAGAUACAUGGGAACCAAGAGAAAAUUUGGAAUGUUGCCAAGACCUGAUUGAAGAGUAUGAUGCGAAACAACAAGAAAUAGCAAAACGAAGAACAGAGGAGAGGAAAAAUAAGCAGUAUAGGUCACAGGAGCAGAGCACAAACUCAUCACAGGCAAUAAUGGAAGGUCGUAUUGAUAGUUCUGAUUCAAGUGACAGUAACUCACCCUACCCUGCUAACUUCAAGAACACAUUUUGGAAAGAAUUGGAAGCUGGGCGAGUUAAUGUAUUUGACAAUGAUAUGUAUUCAAAGGUGAAGAAGCGGUCCAUGACUUUACAGUCUAGAAACAAAGACCAGACCUCCUCCAGCACUGAUGAAUCUACUAGCAAACCAGAAUCGAAGAAGAAACGAAAUUUAAGUGAUAGUGACAAAACCAGCACACCAAAACCAUCAGGGAGUGCUUCACGAAGGCCUACAAGCACAGCUAAGAAAUCUAAACCUACAUCUGAUGGGAAGACUGGGUUAGGACCUGACAGUAGUGCUUGUUGUAAUGACUUUGGUAUUGUUAUAAAGGAUUCAGAUACUGAUCAAGAAAUGAACAGUAUACCUAAAUAUGCUGAUAAAGAAUAUACAAGAGAUAUAACAGUUGAGACAGACAGUUCAGACAGCGAGCUGAUAAAGCCAUCUUUAAACCUUGUGAUUAAGAAGAUGCCUGAAAUAACAGCUGAUAUGGGAAAUAAAUGCUCCGUCAAAGGUCAAGAAACCUGUUCAAGUUACACGGUUCUCCCUAAAACAUCAGAUAUACAACCCUUUGAAAGAAGCACAGGGAAAAAAUCUUCAUCCUCCAAUCACCAGUCUUCAUCAAAGAAGAAGAAAAAACACCAUAAACACCACAAGCACAAGUCAAGAAAUUCUUCCCCACGAGGACACGGAUCGCAAGACAAGAAGAGAAAGGUUUCAUCCACUAGCUUAUCACACUUUCCGACAGAAAGUUCUAAAGUUCCUAAGCUGGAUACAGAAUUAAAUCCAAAAGAAAGUAAUGUCCUUGGAGAACAUAAUAAAAAUAUAGAUAAUAGUAAUCCUGAUCUCAUAAAUGAAGACAAUAAUGAUAAUAAUAGGUUAUUUGGGUCACUCCCUUCUGAUAUCAAUGAGAAAACCAGAAAUGACAGUGCUAAGAAUAAGAAAGAGGCUAUCUCUGAAACCAGAGAGCUUGCACCUAUGAAAUCUAAAAACAGUGAAGUUUCAGACAGUCUUCCUUCAAGUGAUCUCUUGCAGUUUAAUCGAUCUCAAAAUUCUGAUACACCAGACAUAUAUAAAUGUUCAAGCUCUAUAAGUGUGAAUGAAGAUGAAUGUUCAAACAGUGUAAGAAACAGUGAAGGAACUAAAAUAAGUGCUAAUACAGAGUUAUCUCGACAGAUCUCGGAGAAUACGUUAGACAGUGGUAUACACUCUCCAGCAAGCGAGAAAAGUGAAGCAUUAUUCAGGCAAGGCAUGGAUGAGAGGCUGGUCCCUCCAUUUUCAAGCCAGGCCUUUAAAGAUAUACCGACAGACCAGGAUCUAGAUAUUGCAUUAGAUGACAUAGACUGGGACCUUUUUGAAGCUGAAGUUACUCUAGAACCAGUUACUGUUACAAAUGAGGAGUUUGCCAAUGCUGUGAUGGCAGGUGACUAUAAGUUGGUAAAAAGAGCGCUACUUGGAGAAAGCAAGUACGAUUUAGAGCGUCCAGAUAUGGAUGGCAAAACGUUACUAAUGUGGGCAGUGCAUCAUGGACAUGACGAUAUUUCAGAUUUACUCAUAGAACACGGUGCAGACAUAAAUGCUCAAAUGAAUAAUGGCAUGUCACCAUUAAUGAUAGCUUGUCACAGUGCUGAGAUAAGCACAGUAAACUUACUACUUGAAUUGGGAGCAAAAGUUAACCUAGAAUCCAAGGAUAGAAAAACUGCUCUUAUAUAUGCGGCUAAGAGAGGACAUAAUCAGAUACUUUGGUUGCUGUUGGAAUGUGGAGCUAACUUUAAUACAACAUCUGAGGCUGGUCACACUGCCCUCGACUAUCUAAGAUUGUUACGACACCCUGAUACAGAAGUUAUACUUACAAGUCACAUACAGAGGGUUAUGUCAGAGUUUAACAAGCAGGUCUCAAUAACUUUAAAUGGAACAGCGAAGGUGUUGACUUCACUGUUCAAGCCACAGUUGUUUAACAUUUGUGACAGUGAAAAGUUUGAAAUUGCAUUCCAGCAUAAUCUUCGACCACCAAAUUCAGGUAUUGGUUAUUUGUUGUUCAUUGGUCAUGCAACAUUUUCUAACCAAGAAGUGAUGUGCCGUCUGUAUGGACCGAAUGCAGUAAGGACUGUUACACUAAAUGGACAUCAUCAGUCAUGUCUUACAGAGGAGGGUAAUUUUGUACUGGCAUUUUCCCCAUUGAUGGAUGGAAAAAAUGUACUGACCAUAAAUACUAUAAAGACAAAGGAUUCUAAAGCUAAGUUGAUAGUUUGUGCAUAUAUGGCCCAGCUGUUGCAAUGAUUGAAGAAAUGAAGAGGAAAACAACAGUGUGUUAGAGAGCUGUAAUGUUUUAAACCUGUACUGUAUAUAUUAUAUGUUUCCUAUAGUGAAUUUGAGAUAUAUACUAACAUAAGUGCUGAGAACAUACGAAGAAACAAAGGAAAUGGAUGUUUUAUUAACAACGCUUGAUGUCAUCGGAAGCAUUUGAAAGAUAUUAUUUAUACUCAUUGAAAUUGACCACAGUUGUUCAUGACCUUGUGAGUCUUCCUUCACCACUAAAGCUGGACAGUUGCAAUAGAACCCAGGCCAACCUUGACCUAUGUUAAUAGUUAUGAUUGUAGAGUAUAUAGAAAUAGUUUCAACUUACACCUUAUUAAGAGGUUAUGGCAUUUAGAUAGAUAUAUUCUUUGGAAAUCAUUUAUUGUAUUAGGUCUUGUUGCAUAUAUUUCUUAAAAAUUAAGAUUCAUUCAUUAAACUAUAAAAGGAUGACAAAUUAUUUGUCAGAUUAUAUAGAAAAUUCAAUUUAUUCUCUAUAGUUUCAUAAUUAUUUUAUUGCAACAUACACCUUCAGCUGAAAUUUUAAGCACUGAUAUUAUUUUUUUUCACAUAUAAACAAAUAUUUGCACCUUAAUUUAUUUAACAUAAUUUUAAUUUUCGGAGGCUUUGUUUAUUUACAUUAUUCAUUUUGAAUGGCUAUUUGGUAUAAAAUGCACAAUAGUUUAUAUCAUUUUAAUGCACACAUUCAUAAGCCAUCAUAAUAACAAGGAAAGUUGCUUUAGAACUAUCACAUUAUUCAUAGUGAGCUAUUGAGCUAAAAAUGGACUGUUUCUGUGAUAAACGCAAGAAUAAUUUUAACAGUUACUACUCAUGUUAAUCAUAAGAAUAUUGAACAUUGAACAGUUAUUACUUUAUAAAUUGGACAGUUACUAUCUUAUGCUAAAGAAUCAUACAGAUGAUACAUGUACUUAAUAUUCUAGCAGCUACCUUGUUUGUAUGUCUGAAUUGAACACAUUUUUGGUCAUGUCUCAGCUAUAGGUCAACCUAACCAGAUGUUCCGGAUAACUAAUCAGUAAUUAACAGUUUCGACAUUAGUGGUCAACUACCCCAUAUAGUUCCUAAAUCAGCAUGGAGAAACAAAUAACCAUUAGUCUUAAUGUCAUAUAUCAACUGUAGAUUCAAGAAUGAAUGGAGUAGUAACUGCUUAAUUCAAAAAAAAAUAAUUGCAGAGUUAUGACUUUAAACUGAAAAAUAUAAAUGGAGCCCCUUGUGGUUGAGGGGUUGCCUUUAAUGGUUUAGGCUUAAGAAUUGCAACCUCUGUUUAUCAUUGCUUGAUUGUAAGAAGCCACUAAAUGGGUUCAAAUAACUAAGGUCUAAGCAUCUCUAAGCUCCAGCAGGUGAGGUGGUUUUGACCCCUUAUGUUUCUUUGAAGUUUGUAACACCCAAUGUUUUGCCAAAAUCAUCUUACUUGUUUUGGCGCCAUAUUACCUACACUUGUGUUGGUGCGCUGAAAAACCAAACAAACAAUAUAAAAUCGAGAGUAACCGCUUUAAAUAUUGUGAUAUGAAAUGGACAGACUGAUACUACUUAAAACUCAAAACCCCAGCUAUUGGGAUGAAUGUGAAGGAUAUCAGAAUUGUAUCCUCAUAGAUUGUAGUGUGUAGAAAUCCAUGUAAUAUUAGUAGAUGCUAUUUAUUAUUAACUAUUGUUUUUUGAAUGGGUAUUAUGAUAUAUAUAUAUAUAUAUAUAUAUAUAUAUAUAUAUAUAUAUAUAUAUAUAUAUAUAUAUAUUAUGUUGUUUAAUUUUUGUUCGGCUCACAUGUUGUGUUUGCAGGGUUAAGUUUCUGUAUAGUAAAUAGAAGAUAUUACUCAUUUCUGUAUAUUAAUUAUCUUGCCCUGUGCUAUUUUUAGCUCACCUGACCACGAAGUGGUCAAGGUGAGGUAUAGUGAUGGGGCUAUGUCCGGCGUCAGUCGUCGUGCGUCGUCAACAAUUGGGUUGUUAACAGUCUAGCAGUCACAGUUUUGAUUGGAUCAUCAUCAAACUUUGUCAGAAUGUUUGUCUCAAUGAAAUACAGAUCGAGUUCGAAGAUGGGUUAUCUCCGGUCAAAAACUAGGUCACAGGAGCUAAACAUAGAAAAAGCUUGUUAACACUCUAGUGGCUGCAGUAUUGAUUCAAAUAUUCUGGAAAUUUGUCAGGAAGGUUGUUUUGAUGAUUUCUAGGUCAAGUUCGAAGAUGGGCCAUCUCAGGUCAAAAACUAGGUCACAGGAGUUAAAAAUAGAAAAAGCUUGUUUACACUCUAGUGGCUGCAGUUUUUAUUCAAAUAUUCAGGAAAUUUGUCAAGAAUGUUGUUUUGAUGUUUUCUGGGUCAAGUGCUAAGAUUGGUCAUGUCUGGUCAAAAACUAGGUCA